AUGGGGUUGUUCAACCUUGUGCUAACUGUUGCUGCUUUUAUCUUGCUUGAGAUUAUUAGCUGCGAGGCCAAGGAUGGUACUCACACAAUUGUCUCGGAAAGGAAGCACUCUGGAGUAAAGUUUUCGCCCGCAGUGGUCGGAAAUGGUGACAGCGACAAGAAACAGCUUUUGAGAUCUCUCACCGACAGUACCGAGAGCAACGAGAAGCAAGUUGAGGAAGCUCGAUCGAUAAACUUGUCAUUUUUGAAAAACGCGAAGAAGAACAUACCUGGCCUAAAGGCUCUGAAGGCGGCAGCGGCCGCAAGAUCUGCAGCAACACAAGCGAAGAAGGCUGAAAAAAUCAAGAUGACCAAUCUUUUUAAGAUCUCGGGAACAAGCGACCGGGAAUUAUUUCUAAAAUUCAACGAGUGGAGAGCGAUGAAAAAGACAGGGGUUGACGCUGUCGAAGGCGUUUUUAAGGCGAUGGGAAAGGCUGGGAUGACUGAAAAACAAGCUAUCGCGAUUGGUAACCGAUACGACCGUUGGCUCAGCGUUUUCAAAGUGAGCGCUUGA